CAAGAACCUGGCAACCCACACUCUAGAUAACUCCGUUAUGCACAUGCGCAGUCCUAUCCGAGUUAUAGAAGAUGUCAUUCGCAAGAAGACUGCUCAUAAGCGCCCCUAAAACAGCGUCAUUUUACCUUCUCAACGUUUCCUCGGCCAGAGUUCAUACAGUGAGAACAUGUCCAGCUCUUCUCACCUCCACUGCGCGCUACAGCAGCGCCUCCUCCACCAAACAACUGCAAAACUCAUCCAUUGCAGCUGAUGACAUUCUUCUCAGUGAUUCCUGUGUCAAGAGGCUUGGUGAGAUUAUGGUUAAGGGAGAGUAUCUGAGGAUAUCAGUGGAGGGAGGGGGAUGUUCAGGAUUCCAGUAUAAAUUCUCAGUGGAUGGUGUUAGAAACGAAGAUGACAGAGUGUUUGAAAGAAAUGGUGUUGGGAUAAUAAUUGACCAGGACAGUCUGGAGUUUGUGAAAGGAUCCACUAUUGACUUCAGUCAGGAGCUCAUCCGCUCUUCCUUUCAGGUGUUGAAGAACCCACAGGCUGAACACGGCUGCUCAUGCGGCUCGUCCUUCUCUGUGAAGUUCUGACACAUAUUCUCUCCAUCACAGCGUUGCAAUUUAUUAAGUUAUUUAUGCAUGCAUGGCUAUGUGCUGCUUUAAGAUCAGUCAGAAGCAUAAUAAUAAGCUAACGUUAGAGAUUCUGAUAUAUGGCCACAAAUGACAUGAUGGAAGAAAAUCACAACCUACAGAUGUUAGUGUGUUGUAUAUAAGGAAGAUUGUAAAUAUAUUUCUAAUAAAGUUAUAAGAUCAUACAA